UCCCGGCUCCCCCCAUGCCCACCUUACUCCACCCCAAGUACCCAUAUCUGGGACUGGGCUGCCAUUUUCGUCGCAACACAUGUGGCCUCCCUCGCAUCGCCGCCCGUGUCUAUUGCUCGACGCCCAGCACUGCUCUUGAUGAACCACCACCACCACCACGCCUUCCAACAUCACCUCCCCUUGUUGCGACCACUCGACGUGCCAGCAGUGCCCCCCUACUCGAUGACCCUAGUUUGCGAUCAACAUGGUCUCAUCGUGCCUGGGUUGCAGCCGGGUGCACCUCGGUGUUGGUUUCCCUAGCAAAGUCGGCAAUUGAGUCACAUACAUGGUUUGAGCCUCUUGUUGCAGGGUUGAUUGGGUAUGUGCUAGCUGACCUUGGCUCUGGGGUCUACCAUUGGGCGAUUGAUAACUAUGGGGAUGCUUCUUCUCCUGUGUUUGGUUCCCAAAUUGAGGCCUUCCAGGGUCACCACAAGUGGCCGUGGACCAUAACCAAGCGCCAAUUUGCCAAUAAUCUGUAUGCGUUGGCCCGUGCAGUAUCGUUCGUUGUUCUCCCUAUAGACCUUGGUGUCAAUGACCCAGUUGUGCAUGGUUUUGUAGGAGUCUGCUCGGGGUGCAUCAUGUUCAGCCAACAGUUCCAUGCUUGGGCCCAUGGCACCAAGAGCCGGCUUCCUCCACUGGUUGUGGCAUUGCAGGACGCAGGGGUGCUCGUCUCGCGUGCACACCAUGCUGCACACCAUCGCCCACCUUACAACAAUAACUACUGUAUUGUCAGUGGCGCCUGGAACAAGUUUUUAGACAGAAACAAGGUUUUCGAGACACUGGAGAUGGUUUUAUUCUUUAGGUUUGGGGUGAGACCCCGAUCCUGGAGCGAACCCAACUCCGAAUGGACUGAACAAGUCGACAACCCAACACCUCUACAAGUCACACUCACACAAACGUGAACUUCGUCACAAGUGUUGCGACGUUGCUAUAUAUAUUUCAUUUUGUAGAUAGAUUAAAUUCGUGCGUCAAAUUGCAAACAAAAAGGGCUUCGUUUUGUCUUGAA